AUUUCAGUUCUUAUUUUCUUGUUGCAGUAGUAAGGUAGUAUCUUAGGAAUAGCAACAUUUUUAACUGUUUUUUAUAGUUCCUCGAUGUUCUAACACUUCAGAUGAUGUUGAUUUCAAUAAAAAUUCAUCUUUAACAGAUUUUUCAUUCAAUUUGUCUGAAACUUAUCAAAGAAUGCCUAAUUCUUCAACAAUAGUACCUUUUGCUGCAGCAGAAAAUUCAGGUACGUAUCCAUUGUUCGCAGUGGUAAUAUUAUACUUAUAUAUGUUAUAGAAAUAGAAGACCCUAAAAAAAAAGGUGUUUAUAUGUUAUGAUUUAAUGUUGAUUAGCAAUUAGAUUCUUUAGCAGUAAGCAUUUAUAGGAGUAUGCAAAACUAUUUUGAGAGGGUUAGAACAAAUUAAAGAAACACAAAAAUUUCACUCUAAGAUGAUUCAGAAUUUAUUGCAACGGUUUAACAUAGAAAGAGACAUAGCAUCAGUGGAGCUACCAGAAGGUUUAACAUUUCCUGUAACAACAAUAGAAGAACUGGAUAAGGCUCUUGAAAUAUUAGCUAAUGUUACUACUCAAAGGAUUUUGCUUCCAUAAAAAUGAAUACAUCUACAAAAGAGUGUACAAAAAAACAGCUUGAGGAGGCUCUUUCAAAAUGGUUUGGUAAUGCUCGUGACAGAGAAUGACUUCUGAAAGAUCUAAACGUAGAAAAAUAGCUGAAGUGGUAUCAAAACUUUUUCAAGAAUCUUCAACUUUAAAUAUACAGAAUCAGGAUGUUUAUCCAUAUAGUAGCAAUAUGUUUUUUGAUUCUUCAUAUUUACAUGGAAUAAGAGAACAAGUUGACAGUAAUUUGGAACCUAACGAAUUUUUAACUAAUUCUAAUUAUUCUGAUAAUAGUUUAGCUGUUAUGGAGACUGAAAUUAGCGAAAUAGAAAAUAACAAAAACACUAUUGAAUUACUUACAGAUGAUAGUAAUGAAUGGUCUCCUGAGUCAUUUAUUUCUGAUGAUUAUAAGAGUGAUGAAAGUAAUGACAGCGAAAAAUUGCCUCAUAAACUUGCUAAUUGGGCAUUAAGCUUCAAUAUAACACAUGCUGCUUUGAACAGUUUGUUACCUUUAUUAAGAGAAUAUGGGUUAAGUUUGCCUAAAGAUUCAAGAACACUUCUUCACACCCCCCAAAAUAUAGAUACAAAAAUUGUUGCGGGCGGAGAGUAUUACUAUUUCAGCAUGCAGUAUUGGCUUUUAAUAAUGUUUAAAAACAAUUCAAUAGAAUCAAACAACAACCAACUUAUCAUUCACAUUAACAUUGAUGGUAUACCUAUAUUCACCAGUUCCAGUACUUCUCUUUGGCCAAUUUUAGGUACUCUUAUUGAAGCUGGAGCAAUAGUAUUUCCAAUAGCAAUUUAUUGUGGUGACAAAAAACCAAAUUCUAUUCAUGAAUAUCUAGAAGAUUUUUUGGUUGAGAUUAAAGCUCUUACUGAAAAUGGUUUUACCCAUGAAAAUGUAAAGUAUGAUGUAAAGCUUGCUGCAAUUAUAUGUGAUGCACCAGCAAGAGCAUUUGUGAAAUGUAUAAAGGGUCACAAUGGUUAUAAUUGUUGUGAGCGUUGUGUUCAAAAAGGAGAGUGGUGUGGCAAAAUAAUCCUUCCGCAUACAUCAGCAACUUUAAGGACUGAUUCAGAUUUUCGUUAUCAAAAUAGUUUGGAACAUCAUAUUGGUGUGUCUCCUUUAAUUGAGUUGGGUUUUGACAUGGUAUCAAAAUUUCCUUUAGAUUACAUGCACCUAGUAUGUCUAGGGGUUGUGCGAAGAAUCAUCAACUUAUGGUUAAAUGGUCCCAGAUCAUGUAAGUUGUCGCAAAAUACUGUAAAUAUUUUAUCUGAUAGAUUUUUCCAGAUACGUUGUUAUAUUCCAAAGGAAUUUUCUAGGAAACCAAGGUCUUUAUCAGAUUUUCGGCAUUGGAAAGCCACUGAACUUAGACUUUUUCUAAUAUAUACUGGACCAGUUGUUUUAAAGGGAUUACUUGAGCCAAAAUUUUAUUCAAACUUUUUAGAUCUUUCAGUUGCAAUUCGUAUUUUAUUAUGUCCUAUUUUGUUGAAAAACUAUAUUGGUUUAGCUCGUCAGUUACUUACUUAUUUUGUGCAGUCGUUUGGUAAACUUUAUGGUAAAGAUCAGUUAGUUUAUAAUGUCCAUUCUUUGAUACAUCUAGCAGAUGAUGCAGUUAACUUUGGAGUUUUGGAUAAGUGCUCCUCAUUCAAAUAUGAAAAUUAUCUGGGUCAAUUAAAAAAGCUUGUUCAUAGGCCACAACAACCAUGUUCACAAAUUGUUAGGAGAAUUUUCGAGGGCUGUUUGAAGGAAGAUAGACAUCAUAUUCAUCAGCUGAAAUUUAGCAUCCAGCAUGUUGAUGGACCAAUAACCAUUGCAUUGAGACAUUGUUUGCAGUUUAAAAAUUACCAAGGUUUUAAGUGUUUUGUUUCUGCUACUGAUGGAAAUAACUGCUUUGAAGUUGCAAAAAAAAUUGGUUUAGUUAGAAAUAUUAUACAAAUAAAAACAGGCGAAUCUUGUGAUGGAUUGGUUAUGUUUGAAGAAUUUGCAGCUCUUGAAUCAUUUUUCACAGACCCACUUUCUUCCAAUAAUUUGUCGAUAUUUUAUGCAAGCAAAAUGACUGGUUCACAUUGGCUGUUGGCAAUAUUUGUCUAGUGGUGUGAGUUGACUACAGAACGUCUCCAAUUUUAGUUAAUGACUCCAAUUAAAUAAACUCCUUUAAUGGCAGGUCUUAUUGAAAAAGAUAUUGUAUGAAGAAAAAAGUGUUUAAAGAAGUGGUUUUUACAAAGAUUUUAAUUCAUGAUUACGAUACGAUUCACGAUUAAAGAAUAAAAAUGUAAUUUUAAUGUGCUUUUUGUUUGAAAUAAAUAAGCAUAUAAUAUGAA